UGAACAUGAUUAUGAGCUCCCCUAGCUAGUACACUAAUCAACUUUGUCGACCAUGGGAUCUACAGGUUGGUUUGCGUUUAGUAGCCAAAUGCAAACACAAAAAUUGAGAAAUAUGAUGGUUUUUUGGCCUGGCUUGAUGGGUCAUUUAUUUACCGAUUUUUUUUCAGACUAGAUCGGACCAGUCCGCAGGGUUUUGGUCCACCACAACAUCUCAGAAUUUAGCAUAUGCAAUGAGUUAAAGUCCACCAUAUCCAUUAGACCAAACGUUUCUAAUAACCAACCAUUUAUUAUGUUUAUAUGAUCUUAAUUAUCUUUUUUAAUCUUUAAACUUUUUAUCCAUCUACAUACUAGAGAUUCAAGAGAAAACUUCUCCACCGUAAGAUCGUUACAUCCCCCUAACUGAUAAUGGUCUCAAGAUGGGUCUGUCUUUUAAGGAUCGAUCCAAAUGUCGGAAGCAUGGAGGCAUACUAUAGGACAAUCUUGGCGGCAACCCAUCACUACUCAUCCAUUGCAUCCAACCCAUUCCCUCUCUCCCUCUCUCUUCAAUGUAUAUAUAUGUUACAUUACUAUGAUACGGAGUAAAGGCAAGGAACAUUUAAUCAUCAUCUCCAUUUCUCACCAAUUUUUAUAUCCCACACAAUCUGCAAGUCUGCAACCUUCAGUAAAACUGAUCUUCACUUUCUUUCUUUUGAAAAAAGCCACAUGUUGAAAUAAUGAUCUUCACAACCUGCAACCUUCAGAUCCUUCAGUCUAUUCUCAACAAGAUAAAAAAGUGAAAAUAUUCCCAUACUCUUUACAAUAGUUUUAAACUUCAAAUCCUCAUGGACUUUCUCAAAGUUUCUGACAAGACAACAACUCUCUAUAGAAAUAACUCUCUAUUUGGGUUGAAUCAACAACAAAUGGAGAUUCAUCCUCAUCCUCAUGUCAUUACUCCUCAUGCAGGAAAUGGAGUUAUGGGAUGUUACUAUUAUUACCCUUUCACAAACGCGCAACUAAAGGAGCUCGAGAGACAAGCGAUGAUCUACAAGUACAUGAUCGCAUCCAUUCCCGUUCCUUUUGAUCUCCUUGUCUCAUCAUCCUAUGCACCUCCCUGUAAUAAUAAAAACGCUGUCGGAGACUUAGAGCCGGGGAGAUGUCGGAGAACAGACGGGAAGAAAUGGAGAUGCUCGAAAGAAGUAGUCUCUAAUCACAAAUACUGUGAGAGACACUUGCACAGAGGCCGUCCUCGUUCAAGAAAGCAUGUGGAACUUCCUUACUCUCGCCCUAGCAACAUUGGUGGUGGUUCCGAGAAAAACAGAGUUCUUAGCUCUAUAAAAGACACAACAGUCGUCGAGCCAAAGGAGGUUUCAUCAGCCCUCUCAAACUACAGAGGAAUCGAGAUCUUUCCUGCAUCGGCGUCAAACGAGCAAGAAAACAAGUAUCUGAACUUUAUAGAUGUGUGGUCCGAUGGAGUAAGAUCAUCUGAGAAACUGAGUACCCCUGCUUCUUCUUCCCCCAAUGGCAAUCCUUCUCUUUACUCGCUUGAUCUCUCUAUGGGAGGAAACAGCUUAAUGGGCCACGAUGAACUGGGCUUAAGGGUAAUUGGGCCGGGCCGUGAUGAUCCUCACGGGUAUGGUCCAUAUGGCGCUGUCGUGUCUUCUUCACUUGAUGAGAUGUCGAGAUGGCUUGCUCCCACUUCCGCCACGCCCGGGGGACCAUUAGCGGAGAUACUGAGGCCGAACCCGAGUUCAGCGUUUUCUGGCGAAAUGGAAGCGAAUAGCUUGACGGCGACUCCUACUCCGAGCUCGUCGCCGUUGUUGACUUAGCUUGAACAUAGCUUGGUUUAUAAGCUAUCCUAAUGAGUUUAGGAAUAUUGAUAGUUAUCCAUAAGAUAUGUUUCCUAAUGAGUUUAAGAGUUUAUAUGAGUUAUAUAAGGAGAUGUCAAUCUUGUGGCAUAACUUGUGAGUUUAGAGAAAAAGCUUUGAGUUGAGUUUAAGCUAUAAUAAAGUGAGUCUUUAUAUUUGGAUCUUCAGAGUAUACGAUUUCAAUAAUUGGUAUCAGAGCUUCUAUUGAAAUCGGUUCAAAAGCAUCCAAAUUCGUGAAACAGAGUUAUUAGUAAGAAGAUAAAACAUGGGGGGUAUAAUAGCAGCAACAACACCUACGGCAAAGGAGAGAAUUUCAUCGUCAAUUCAAUGCCCAAUGCUUACAACUACAAACUAUACGGUAUGGAGCAUGAGGAUGAAAGCGACACUUAAGGUACAUAAAGUCUGGGAAGCGAUAGAACCAGGAGUGAAUGAGGUCGAAAAAAACGACAUGGCUCGAGCACUUCUCUUUCAAUCAAUACCAGAAACCCUAAUACUAACCGUUGGCAACCUGGAUACCUCAAAAGACGUAUGGGAAGCGAUAAAAGCUAGACAUGUGGGAGCAGAUAGAGUUCAUGAGGCAAGACUACAAACCUUAAUGGAAGACUUCAGAAGAUUGAAGAUGAAGGAAUCAGAAACCAUUGAUGAGUUCUCUGGGAAACUUGCUGAGUUAUCUUCCAAGUCAUCAGCCCUAGGUGAAGAUAUCGAAGAAUCCAAGCUUGUGAAGAAGUUUUUGAGCAGUCUCCCACGAAAGAAGUACAUCCAUAUCAUAUCUGCGCUGGAACAAGUCUUAAACCUGAAUACAACGACGUUUGAAGACAUCGUCGGUAGGUUAAAAGCCUAUGAAGAACGGAUUCAAGAUAGUGAUCAAGAGGAAGAGCAAGGAAAGCUUAUGUAUACAAACAUGGAUUCACAAAGUCAAAAUCCGCAGGGCAGCUAUGGUAGAGGCAGAGGACGUUACAACAACAAUCGAGGAAGGGGGCGUGGUAGAUAUAAUCAGCGUGACUGGAGACAGGGGAGAGAUGCGUCUAAAGUUGUAUGUUAUCGGUGUGAUAAAACAGGGCAUUAUGUUUACGAUUGCCCUGAUCGUUUACUUAAACUCCAAGAAACACAGGAGAAUGAAAACGAAAGCACACGAGAAGCAGAGGAGUUAAUGAUGCACGAAGUUGUGUAUCUCAACGAAGAGAAAGUUAUGCCAAGCAGGUUCGAGUCUCAUUCCGAUAAAGACAACAUAUGGUAUUUGGACAAUGGGGCAAAUAAUCACAUGACUGGAAACCGUGAUUAUUUCACUAAGAUUGAUGAAAAGAUCACAUGGAAAGUUAGGUUUGGUGAUGACUCCAGGAUAGAUAUAAAAGGGAAGGGAUCAAUUCUUUUUGCUAGUAAGGAUGGCAAGAAGAAAAUACUAUCUGAUGUCUACUUCAUUCCGGAUCUAAGAAGUAAUAUUAUCAGUCUUGGUCAAGCAACGGAGGCUGGUUGUGAUGUAAGAAUGAAAGAUGAUUACUUGACUCUAUACGAUCGUGACGGCAACCUAUUGAUCAAAUCAGUUCGAUCUAAAAACCGACUCUACAAAGUGGCCAUGGACGUGGAGAACAAUAGGUGCUUGCAGGCCUCGAAGGAAGAUGACUCGGCUGUGUGGCAUGCAAGACUCGGACAUGUAAACAUCGACACCAUGAAAACAAUGAUAAGCAGAGACAUUGUCACAGGUAUUCCGAGAAUAUCUAUUGAGAAAGAAACAUGUGCCUCCUGUCUUCUGGGAAAACUAACGCGUCGAGUAUUUCCCAAAGCAACGACGUACCGUGCCACCAACGUUCUGGAGCUCAUUCACGGAGACCUCUGUGGACCCAUCUCACCUCCAACCGCAGCAAGUAAUAGGUAUGUAUUUGUUCUGAUUGAUGAUCAUUCCAGAUACAUGUGGACCAUCCUAAUGAAAGAAAAAAGCGAGGCAUUUGUCAAAUUCAAAGCAUUUAAGAAUCUUGUCGAGCAAGAAACUGGAGAAAGAAUCAAAACCUUCCGAACAGAUCGAGGUGGUGAAUUUACGUCUCUCGAGUUCCAAGCCUAUUGCAAGAGUCAAGGGAUACAGCGACAUCUAACAGCUCCGUACUCACCACAACAGAACGGAGUCGUAGAGAGACGUAAUAGGACAUUAAUGGAGAUGACAAGAAGCAUUAUGAAGCAUAUGAAAGUGCCAAAUUGGUUGUGGGGUGAGGUAGUCAGACAUUCAACAUACUUGAUCAACCGGGUAGCAACAAGAACCUUGAAAACACAGACUCCAUACGAGAGUCUUAAGAAGAAGAAGCCAAACGUGGGUCACUUACGUGUUUUCGGUUGUGUCUGCUACGCAAAAACUGAAGCUCCUCAUCUAAAGAAACUAGACGAUAGAUCUCGAGUGUUGGUGCAUCUUGGUGUUGAACCAGGAACAAAAGCUUAUCGCUUAUUUGACCCAAAGGUGCGCAGAGCGGUCGUCAGUAGGGAUGUUGUUUUCGAUGAACUCAGGAGCUGGGAAUGGGAAACAAAAGGAAAGGAAGCAACAGGAGAUCAGAGUUUGAUCACAUACCCGAGUCUUGAUGGUGAGAAUGAAAGAAUUGCGACUGAAGAAGCCGCUAACGAUGAUGAAGCAAUCAAGGAUUCAGCUAACGAUGAUUUUAUUGUUAAAGAGGAAACCUAUAGCGAUGAAGAUGACGAGCCAACAGAAGAACAACCUUCUCUGAGAAGAUCAACUAGGGAAACAACACGUCCGAGUUACUUGGAUGACUAUGUUCUGUUCCUCGAAGAGCUUGAGACAGAACAUAUUCUUUUGCUUGUCAAUGAGGAGCCAUGGGAUUGGAACGAAGCAAAAGUCGAGAGAGCGAUAGGUUUAAAAUGGGUUUUCAAAAUCAAACGGAAUGCAGAUGGAACCAUAAAGAAGUAUAAGGCAAGGCUCGUAGCUAAAGGCUACGUACAGCGUCACGGCAUAGACUUUGAGGAAGUCUUUGCUCCUGUGGCAAGGAUAGAAACGGUUCGAGUUAUUAUAGCGUUGGCAGCAUCAAACGGGUGGGAAAUACAUCAUCUAGAUGUAAAAACCGCGUUUCUAGAUGGAGAUCUAUUAGAAGAAGUAUAUGUCUCGCAGCUUGAGGGAUUCAAGGUUAAAGGGAGUGAGAACAAGGUUUAUAGGUUACACAAGGCUCUCUAUGGACUCCGGCAAGCGCCAAGAGCCUGA